AAAAAGCAACCAACCCAGCAAACCACCCAACCCAACAUCUCUUUUUUUUUUCAUGGAGAGCAAAAACCCCCGGCAAGCGGAGGAGGACCGGGACUCCUUUGCGCGGAGACCUUUGCAUCAAAAUGCUGAUAGUCGAAAAAACGACUGACUACCCUUCGGCUGAGUACUCCCUGGUGGAGGAUGUAGCCCUCCACUUCACGUGUUUGAUGGACAGACUGAACGAGCAGCGCCUCUUUCAGCCGGACCUGUGUGACGUGGACAUCGUGCUGGUGCAGCACAAAAGCAUCUUCCCAGCGCACAAGGGGGUCCUGGCGGCCUACAGCCAGUUCUUCCACUCCCUCUUCACCCAAAACAAACAGCUGCAGCGUGUCGAGCUCUCGCUGGAGGCCCUCACCUCACAGGGCCUCCAGCAGAUCCUCAAUUUCAUCUACACCUCCAAGCUCCUUGUCAACUCCUGCAAUGUGCAGGAUGUGCUGAAUGCGGCUGCUGUCCUGCAGAUGAACAACAUUGCUUCCUCCUGCCAGGAUCUCCUCGACACCCGCUCGCUCAGCCUGGCUGCUGACAUGGCUCUGCCCGCUGAGAGCUGUGCUGGACCCCCACCCUACUACUGUGAGAUCAAGCAGGAGGUUGAUGCCCCCCACCCCAAGAUCUAUGCCCGAGAGGGCAAUGACCCUUACUCGGUGCGAGUGGAAGAUGGGGCAGGUGGUGGGACGCUCCCACCUGGUCCAGCCAAGCAGUACUACAAGGAGGAGAAGGAUGGUGGUCCAGGCACUGUCUGUAAGAUGGAGGGUGAGGAGUCCGAAGAGGACCUGGACAGCCAGGGCUCAUAUAAUCGUGAGCAGAUCAUUGUGGAGGUAAACCUCAACAACCAGACCCUCAAUGUCUCCAAGGGCAUGGAGGGGAAGGCAGCUGCCAGUGAGGCAGCUGUGAUGGGGCGGCCUGAUGGCGAUGGGCGUGACACGGAGGAGGACGGGGAGGAGGAGAACGAGGAAGGGGAGGAAGAGGAGGAAGAGGAGGAGGACGCGGAGGUAGGGGAGGAAGAGGAGGAGGAGCACAGUGAGGAGGAAGACCUAGAGGAGACGACAGAAGAAGAGGAUGAUGACGAUGAUGAUGAAGAUGCAUCGGAAGUAAAAAGAGAAAAGGGUGGACAGCCCCGUAGAGGGAGCCGGGCAGCCAAAGCCACUAAACCUGCCAUGGCAACCAGGUCUCAGGAGAUGGCCAAGGUGGAAGAGGAGGAGGAGGAGGAAGAGGAAGGCCAGCGAGGAAGAAAGAGGAAAAAGGAGCAGGAUGGUUUGGGCCAGAAGGUGAAGCUGGAGGAGAAGCAGCAUUACCCGUGCAAGAAGUGCCCCCGAGUCUUCAACAACCGGUGGUACCUGGAGAAACACAUGAAUGUUACGCACAGCCGCAUGCAGAUCUGUGACAAGUGCGGCAAACGUUUCCUGCUUGAGAGCGAGCUGCUGCUGCACCACCAGACUGACUGUGAGAAGAACAUCCAGUGUGUGACAUGCGGGAAGGGGUUCAAGAAGCUCUGGUCCCUCCACGAGCACAACAAGAUCGUCCACGGCUAUGCUGAGAAGAAGUUCUCCUGCGAGAUUUGCGAGAAGAAAUUCUACACCAUGGCCCACGUGCGCAAACACAUGGUUGCUCACACCAAGGACAUGCCGUUCACUUGUGAGACCUGUGGGAAGUCCUUCAAGCGCAGCAUGUCCCUCAAGGUCCAUUCGCUCCAGCACUCUGGGGAAAAGCCUUUUAAAUGUGAGAAUUGCAAUGAGCGCUUCCAGUACAAGUACCAGCUUCGGUCUCACAUGAGCAUCCACAUCGGCCACAAGCAGUUCAUGUGCCAGUGGUGUGGCAAGGACUUCAACAUGAAGCAGUACUUUGAUGAGCACAUGAAGACACACACGGGCGAGAAGCCCUACAUCUGCGAGAUCUGCGGGAAGAGCUUCACCAGCCGCCCCAACAUGAAGCGGCAUCGCCGGACCCACACAGGCGAGAAGCCGUACCCAUGUGAUGUCUGCGGCCAACGCUUCCGCUUCUCCAACAUGCUCAAAGCCCAUAAGGAGAAAUGUUUUCGUGUCAGCAACCCCUUGGCUUCGGACAUGGCUACCCCUCAACCCGCCACCAGCCCAGCCCCACUGCCUCCUGGUCCUGGCGUCUCCCCCCUGCCUCUGAUUCAUCCCCUCCCACAGACCCUCCCUCCUCCUCCUCACCUACCGCCACCCCCUCCCCUGUUUCCUGCGGGGAGGAUAAAUUCGAACAACAAUUAGAUGCCCCCCACGCUGGCCAUGUGCCUGCACGGACUGCUCUGCCCUUUGGGAAUGCUUCCCCAUGGGGAGCCAAGGCUUUGCUUGUUCUCUUCCCCCACCUUUCUCCUCGUUUUGGGGUUGUUUUGGGUUUUUUUUUUUCCUUUUUCUCACCCAUCAUUCUCUGCAGAGAAGGGGAGUAGGAAGAACCUCCUCUCCUCAUGGAGCGUGGAUGUUCGGGGGUGAACUGCCGUCUGUCUGUAAGGGUGUAGGUAAAAGGCAUCGCUCUCCGUUCGUCUUCUCAUGCAUCAGCUUCAUCUUCAUGCUGGGAUGCUGGCAGGGCUUGGAGGAGCAGGAUGCCGCACCAUCCAGGGUUGAGCUUGCCGGUGUUGCGUGCCCACUCGCUAGCUGAGUGAAUGCCUGCCGGUGCUUCGAUAUUUAUAAUAAGCUGAAAUCUAGCUAAGUGGUGCUUGAAUCCCUGUACUGUAAAGCUGGUCUUUCAAUUCAGGCUCUUUUCCCAAAAGGAUGAGAGGUGGGCACUGCAGAGGAGCCCCCACCGAUCCCGUCUGCCGGCCCUGGUGGCCCGCGGCAAGCGAACAGAUGUCCCUGUUGGAAAGCCGUCAGCCCGCUCUUGUUAGCAGCUCUCACUUUGUCUUCUUUCCCCACAACGGGUUUUCCUCCUUGAUAGGUGAAAGCACAAACACUGGCAUCAUUGCAUCUUGGGGCGUCGGCAGCCCACUGCCAGUUCAUUUUUGGGGUGAAGGAAGCUGGGCUCUGGUGUGCCCUUUCUGCUAAUCCCAACAGGAGCCAGGCUCCUGGGGAUGCUCUGAAGUUGGUGAGGUGUCCCUAGUAGAGCUCAGAUAGCCUCGGGACCAGUGGGAGGGUGGCUUCACAGCAGCCCAAGAUGGAGGAGCUGGAUGCCACCGUUUCUCAGCAGAAUCAGCCCAGAAUAGUGCCUUAACAAUUCAAAUAAAUCCUUGACAGAUGAGUGAGCUCCAGGGUGGAUCCUAAUGCAAGGUUUAGAGCUAAAGCAAAACCGCUUUCAGCCCUGAUUGCCAUGUUCCAUCCUUCAACUUGGUUGUCCACGUUGCUCUCCUAAGCUUUAUCUCUCCCCAUGGGGUUGACAAUUGUUGCCCUGCCUGGCUUGGGAGGGCCAGAGGAGACUGGUGAGGGCUGUGGUUAGUUUGGUCAUGCCCCACAGUGUUGGUUAGCACUUCUGUGGCAACAUUGUGUUUGUUGAAGUUGAGCUGGUCUUUGGUUUCACUUAUUCAGGCUGGCUUCGUGCUGGUGGAGGAGAAAAGGAAGGCUUUGCUGUUACCUUUUGUUGGAUGCUGGGACCAAGUUGGGUCUCUGGCUGCUGUGCUCUGCCUCAAGGUGUUGUGUAUUGUCCUGUCUAUGGCUGUGUGGUCUCCCUUCCCACGGAAGUGUCUCCUUUGGGGCUGAGGAGAGCUGCAGGAGCUGCAGAGCAUCCAGCUUGGACAGAGAGGUGUUGGCCAAGAGAUUGUCAGUAACACAGCCUAUGCCUUGCUCCCAAAACUGAUGCCUGUGGACAGGGGUCAGCUCGUGGAGGAGGCAGUGAGCAGGGCUGUUGAUACAUAAGAAGGAAGAGAGGACAUCGACUGGGCUGCAGGAGCCUUUUCUUCUUUGCAUUUUAGUCUGGGCAGUAACGGCAGGUGAGGAGAGCUGCCACAUCUGCCUCUGCCACAAGUCUCCGUGCUUCAUCUCCUGGACCAAAUCAGCAAAGCAAUGGGACAACAUUGAGGCUGUCCCUAGCAGAGAUGGGAGGAUUCAACCAUGUACUCGGGGGUUUGCUGACCAGAGGCGUGCAGAAGUGUUAUCCUGAUAGGGACAGUACAGGGGAGCACUCGCUGUUCUCCUGAGUGCUGUUUGAGUUAGGUGACUGGUGUCCUCUCCUGCUAAGUGAUGCCUCCCCAUGGCAGACAUCUCUGGAAAGCUGGUUGCUUAUGUGGAUAUUGGCGUGAAGGAGCAACAAAUUGUUUUUCAUCCUCCUGUUGGUUGGGAUCUUGUGGACCUCCAGUACUGCAAUCAUACCAGUGACCUCACCCUCAUCUGUAUCUGCUUUGAGCAAAGGGAAGAUGCUAUGGCAGAGCUGCUUCACCAUAUGCUUCUCAGAUGGGUGCCAAAGGCUCCUCUACUCUCCUUCCUUCAUGAUCCUAGGGCUUAUUGGGAUGGUGCAAAGCCUUCUCAAACACAUACACCUGUGAGGGAUGUGGGCAGCCAGCACUUGGGGCCAUUGGCUUUAUGAAGGGACCAUACCCAGACUGGAAGACAACUGCUUUAGAGCAGCCCUCCGUGAUAACCUUAGAGGUGCUGGAGGGCCUCAACAGUGGUCCAUACUAGCUCCUCCUCCGCUGCCUCCCAGACCCCAUCUGCUCAGGCUCUUUUCCAUUUCUUUUCUCUCACUUAACCUUGACAUCGGAUGUGAGUUCUGCACCCUGAGGUAGACUCACCUUGUCUGUAGAAUCUUCUGUGUCUAUUAGCCUUCCUGGCUGGUAGACUUCUGCCCCCAGGCAAACCCCCACACCAACAUGUGCUCUCUUGUACCUGGAGAUGUCUUUCCCUGUCCCCAGUUCAUCCUCUCAUGGUGAUGACCUGUCCUGCUUGGACGUCACUGCGAGAUAGAGCUCCUCAUUGAGCCUAGAAGCCCAGCAGAAAGCCAGCGACUGAUCCCAGAUGUGUCUGAUUCCCUUUGAGAGCCUACCCGGAGAGCCGCUUGGAGACGUUGAGAUGUGACCAUGCACACAGCACUUUGGAGAACCAGAUCCCUGCUGCUCCCUCCCCUCUCCAAGGCCUGGGCAGUUCCCAGGAAUCCUACAUGGCCUCCAAGCCCUUUUGUCUACACCCUGAUUUGGCCCUGAUGUCUCACUUCAUGUCUGGUUUUCGUUAAUGUACUAAGAGCUCAAACGAGUCGCUCCUGCAGUGUCCUGUUGGAUUACACAGGGCAGGAGGUGGGGGAGUUGGGUCCGUUGUUUUCAAGCUUUUUAUAUUUUGUUUUAUUUUAUUUUUUUUUUUUGUUAUUUUUUUUAACUCUUGCACCUUAAUCUCUCACAUCCCUUCUUCGACAGACUGCGAGGGUGGAGAGGGGCUUGAUUUCAUUACGCAGUUCAUGAAUAUGCCACAAUGCAACGUUCAGCUGACAACUCUGCUCAUGCGCCUACUCCUAGACCAGUCUGGAUUUGCAUUUUUUUUCCCCCCCUUCGUUUGAACUUUGGGGAGGGAGUCAUGUGGGGAGGGUCAUUUUUGGUUUAUAUAUCCCAGGAGCCUGGUAGCACAGACCAGUUAGCCUCAUAAUGUCCAUGAGGCACGGCUGGCCCUUUGGACCACAGCCAUAACCCCAGCACGGUGGGAAGGUGGUGAUGGAUGCACAGCCAGCAGGUGGGAAGGGCUGUGACAGUGCAAUAGAGAUGAGCAUCCGCUGCUAGACAACUCCAUUGAUUAAACUCUUGGUUUGCCGGAAGUCAGGAGGGGAGGACGGAUGGACAGAUGCCCUUGGUUCGCACGGACGGAGGGAGCUUCCCCACAUGCAGCCCUGCCUAAUGACACGUAACCACAAUGGGAGUUGGGUCGAACUUGCAAAGGAAGAAGAAAAUAAUAAUAAAAAUGGAAAAAAUAGGAAUAAGAAGAACCUCAGUAGCAUGGAACUUGAAGGAAAUGAAUGAAACCCCAAGCACUUGCCUCAAAACUAGUUUCUCAUGCCUGGUGUUCAGCUCUGUAUUAUUUUACGGCAUUCAGUAUCAGUUGCCCAAACAUGCCAAGUUAAGAGUGUAUCGAUGGCUCUACUAGUGUGAACAAACUAAAUGAAGCACUUUAUUCUGUAUAGAUAAGGGAAGGCGGGGAGGGGAAGCUCGGGUGCUUUUCAGAAGCAUCUUAAGUAAUGUUCUAGGAAAUGUAUUAUUAUUAUUACUUUUUUUUUUAUGACCAUGUGUAAUCAAUAUAUGUUUAUCUUUAAUUGCAAGUACAGCAGUUACUCUCUUUGGGUUGGUGUGAUGAGGGGGAGGCUGAGAUGGUUGGGUUAGUGCAUCAGCAUGGGGCCAACUGGGGCAAGUCAUUGCCUACUACAGGAAUGGGUGAGUCAUGCUUCAUUGACGGCCUUGUUGGCCAAUGUCCAGGAGGUCCCAAGAAGUGCAUCAAAGCUGCCUUCCAGUGCACAGCUCACAGUCAGCCUUGGCACCAAGGGCCCAACAUGCAUCCUCAUCCCUAACCAUCUUCUGCCUGGGGGUGCUGUGGCUGCCUUCUGGGCCACCCAUGAAGCAAGACAAGUCCUGGUAGACUGUUUCGGGUUGUCCCUAGAGGCCAGGUGCUUGGCCAUGCUUUGAAACCUGCUUUUGGCCUCUCACCAAGGCACGUCAGGGGUCGCUAAGCUCUGAAAGUGGUGAGAGGUCAGAAUCGGGCCUUUCCACUGCGUUCUCCCAGUCUGGAAGUGUUAUGACUGUUACCAAAGAGGUUGCAAGUGGAAGGACUGAAUCAAUAAACGAUUUGUCUUUUGUAAAAGAAAACCUACAGCUCCACCACUU